GUUGGAGAUUACAAGCGCGGCACAGUCGCGCAUGCGCAAUACACAGAAUAGACGGCGUAGACGGGGAAGACGGCUAGCCAUUUUGGCGUCAAUACAGCAAAUCGAAAUAUAAAUUAUUUGCUCGUCGAAGGCAUUUGGACCAUUAAACCAUCGGGCACUGAAUACAGAUCAUCUGCCUUCAAGUUAAGGACUGAGGACUCUCUAAAGACACUUGUUUGCGAACAGCCAAAAUCUGUUUGAGCAUAACGAAGAAAGAAACCAAUAAACCGUUGGAUCUAGUCAUGUCUCACAGAAGAAGCCGCAGCCCAUCACCAGCGCGAUAUACUCGCAGGUGCAGCAGUAACGAUCCAAGAGAUUUGGAGCGAAGAAUUUUUGUUGGGAAUUUACCAACUUCUGACAUGGCAAACAAGGAUUUGGAAGAAAUGUUCAGCCCAUACGGGAAAGUAAUCGGCGUUUCCUUGUUUCGAGGAUAUGGAUUUGUACAAUUUGAGCGCAUUGAGGAAGCUGAAGCUGCAAAGGCUGGUCAAAAGGGUCGAAUAUAUAAAGGUUACAAAAUAGAUGUAAAUAUGGCAGUGGAACGACGUCAAGCUAAACCUCAAUCCCAGCCGAGUCCUCCACGAAGGGCCCCGUACAGCAAAGAAUCCCGUCCUCGCUCACGCUCACCUGUUUAUGGGCGCGACGGUCGUGAGCCUCGAGACCGUGAUGCAAGGGAUGCUGGUAGAGAUCCCCGACCAGGAACCCACUCUCGGGACCCUGAUUUUCGCUACCGCUCAGACAGCCGAGACAAGGAUGCCAGAGGUGACCCACGAGAGCCUGCUGCAUAUAGCCGGGAGGAAUAUGACCGGUACUUCCGCGCUGGCAGCGGUGCAGAGGACUACUACAGGAGGAAGGAAGAUCCCUACAGGGAUCCAUUCCUAGAUCCCUGGAAUGGACGCCGUGAGGCAGCAGAGGAUCGAGUUCGACCAGAAGAGCGCCGGCGUAAUGAGCUGUACCGACAGUACUUUGAAGAACUCCAGCGGCGCUAUGACGCUGAUCGUCCCGUUGACUGCUCUGUGAUCGUCGUCAACAAGGCGCAGAAUAGGGAGUAUGCGGAGACGGUCGGGCGGAAAGUCCGUGAUUUGGGAAUGGUUGUCGAUCUGAUCUUCCUCAACACAGAAGUGUCUCUUACCCAGGCACUUGAGGAUGUAGGCCGAGCCCGUACUCCCUUUGCCAUCAUCAUUACCCAGCAGCACCAGGUGCACCGCUCUUGCACUGUUAACAUCCUGUUUGGAACCCCUCAAGAGCAUCGAAACAUGCCGAUGCAGGAUGCCAUGAUGCUGGUUGCCCACAACUUUGACACCUUUAAAGUGGAAAACCGUGAAAAAGAACGAGAGGAGAUUGCCAGGAAGGCUGCCAAAAUGGCAGAUGACGUUUUACUUCGGGAACCGGACAGAGAGAGCCAUCCCGUGUCGGUUCUCACUGGCAUCACUCUGCUGGCUGAAAACAGGUUUUUAACUCCAGAGGAACUGGACAGUCUCAUUGCAUACCUGAAAGACAAACGCGCUCGCCUUGUACGAACCCCAGCAGAUCCUACUGCAGCUGGAGUCCAUGCCCUACCUCCUGCAGGAGUGCAUCGUGAUCCUCAAGCCCACGUCCUACAUCAAGAUGCUUCAUCAGCAGCAGGACCCGCUCCUCCGUCUGCUCAUGCCCCUCUGCAACCAAGUCACCCUUCAGCUGUUCCAAGUUCCUCAGCUAACCAACAGGAGCUGCAGGCUAAAAUCCUCAGUCUGUUUAACAGCGGCUCUGGUUCAUUACCAGGAGCUGCUUCCUCUUCUCCCCAGUCACACUCCUACAGUUCUCUUGGUUCGACUCCUGGCCAGAACCCCUCCCGCCCAGCUAUGCUCAGUGCUUCUCCAGCUACAGCCCAGAGCUACGGCGCCCCUCCAGGUCGCAUGCCUGUGGCUCCAGCUGGUCAGAGACCCCCUGCUUCAGGUAUCAACUUUGACAACCCAAGUGUCCAGAAAGCUCUUGAUACUCUGAUUCAAAGUGGGCCAUCCCUCAAUAACCUGGUGGGCUCCAGUGUCCCUCAGCAGCCACCCCUAAGAGCAGCACCCAGUAUGGGCCAGGCCCCUCCCAUGUCCAUGUAUCCUCGUCAGUACUAGUGAGCUGUAGGGAAAUCUGCAGUCCCGCUUUCCUGAUGGUCUGUGUGAUUGGAUUGAGCAGCUUUGUAUCAAUAGACUGUAGGGACGUUUUUGUAAUAGUUCUUAUUUUUUUCUUUAAUGUUGUUAAAAUGAACUUAGACCAAUAAGUAGUCUGACUAUUUGGCUUUUAUUCUUUUUAUUAAUACCUUUAUUCGAUUCUGUAAUCUGCUUUUUCAACCAGUAUCUGUUGAAUGUUUAAUGGGUUUGCGCAGUUUAAUUUGUGUUUUUAUUGCCAUUGUUAAACAUGAUUAAAAACUCAACACACACGUGCUGUAGUAAAAUGA